AAAAUUUUGCUGUCGAAGCCUAUACAACGCAUUUCGAAAAUUUCAUUCAACAUAUUUGACAAGCUUAAUGGGAACAAAUAUUAAAAUUUAUUUAUUUUCAUUUGCUUUAAUUCAUUCUAAGAUCAUGGCAAUAGAAGAUGUGGAUGAUCGGUUGUGUCUUUUGCAACAACCAGUUGCGAGGCAGGAUUUUGCUUGGAGGUACUAUGGAACUCCAUUCAAUUGCAUUGCCAAGUGCAACACAGCAAACUCUGCGACCACGGAUCCACUUUCACGAAAGGCAAAAUACUUAGAGAGAGUAUUUUCACCAGCUCAAAAAACUAUCAACUGCAUUCAACAAAAGAGAAAAGUGGCAGCAUUCUGCAUGGUUAAAAUGAAGUUACUCGAAUUGAACCAGUACUCCGAUUUACCGUUGCUGUAUUUCCCAGUAUUUGUUCAGUUGCCGAAGUUCAAAGCUGAGAAGUUCUGCUUAAGUAACGGUCUAAACUUUGGUAUAGAUGAAUCGCUGGUGGCCUUCAUCACAGAUGGUCUAACGGAUGUGAAAAUAUGGAUGGCUGACGUUCAGAUAUUAAAUAAAACCAGUGGAAUAAAAUGCAACAUUUUACACAAGCAAAAGAGUUCGAGUACUGUCAAACAGGAAAAUUGUCAAAACAGCAAUAAUUUUGUGUGUGUUUUGCCGCAAAACUGUCAUUUGGACAAAUGCUCCUCAAGAUGCUCCAAGGACUCAUGCGAUAUUGCUGAUGCAAAGCAACAAGCAGAUUACUGCGAGUCGAAUUGUCCAAAUCUAGACUGCGGUGAAGAGAGAGCUGAAAGAUUUGGAUACAAGCAAGGUGUUGAUGGAGAUAUCAUUGAAGCGUGUGGAAAGCAAUAUCUUCUUUCUAAAACGGCUAAAUAUAAUCAAAGAGCGACUCAUACGUUUUGCUGCACCAAACACAUGAAUGCAGCAAGUAUUACCACGUUGGAAGAGGCCAAGUGUUUGGCUCGAGAAAUGAUAAAAAGAAAUUUAAGUGACCUUUCCUUCUGGACAAGUGCAAGACCAAGCAACUGCACCAAUUUAUACACUUGGUGCUCACUGGACGGGUCGGGAGAGGUGUUGGACCAAAAUUUGCUCGACAUACCCAAAAACAGCAAUCCUAAAAAGCAGUUUAUUACGGUGAAGGCGACUGCGCAGACCGAGUCUCUUGCCUUUGGUUUUGAAGAUCCAACAAUCGUGACCAGAGCAAUGUGCUCACGACCAAACGUGCAAACCUGCACCAACUCAUUUUGCAGUCCAAUGGGAUCCAAAGAAGAGCUGGAUACAAAUAGAGCCUCUCGAAUUACUGGUUUCUACCGAAAAAAUUGUAAAUUCAUGUUUGGCUGCAGGCGGUUGUACGACGCGUGUUCAGAAAAAUACUCCUUCUACCAGGCAUCAAAAUGGGCACAGGCCAACCUUGAUUACAACUUCCGACUUGUUACAUUAGAGACAAAAGAGCAAAUGGAAUGCUUUCUUCAAGUCUUAAAAGCAAACAACGUGAAGUCCAACACAUUUGUAGUAAACGCCAUGUCACUCGGCUGUCCGAAAUAUGUUAGAUGGUGUGAUGUUCUUGACAACCCUUUGCUGAACAACUCUUAUGUCCCUUGGGACGCAGGUGAACCCAGCAAGGACCCGACCAAAGAAUGUGUUUACAUGAAGUAUAAUGCAGAAAAAAAUAAGUUUACCUUUGGAAAAAUUUCUUGCAAUGUGGAACUUCAGUUCAUAGCUCAAAGUUCUGCCAUCUAUCCAAACAAUACUUUUGGGUUGCCACAAGAUCAAACAUAAAACAUUUACAAAUAUACAAAUGUAUG